UUAUUUAGCGCCUGUUUCUGAGUACAUGUCAUGUUUGGGCUCAUUUAAAGUUCUGAAGAAGGUUUCCAUCAUCAGCAGGUCUGCAGCUUCAGUUUCAUCUGUGUUUCUUGUUCGGGUUUCAGUCCGUUUUCGAAGAAACGAAAGUGAAAGAAAACUGAAGCUGAACUGCCCUCCUCUUCCUCCUCCUCCUGCUGCUGUUGUCAGUUUGAGUUUGGACUAGAACCAUGGCGGACUCAGAAUGUCCGCCCGUGACCGUGGAGGGGGACUGGGGUUCGGUCCAGAAUAAAACUGUGAGGAACAAACUGCAGCUUUACUUCCAGAGCAAGAAGAAAUCCAGUGGAGGAGAGUGCCGGGUGGAGGUGGAGGAGGAGGCCCCGAGAGCCUCCGUCUUCUUCCGAUCAGAGGAGGUGAGAGAGCGAGUCCUCGCAAAGAAACAUCAUGAGAUCAACGUGGACAACCAAACUCUGACGCUACAGCUGAGUUCAGGACCAGAGAGUGGACCUUCACAGAUGCCGACAAACAGCAGUGAUGAUGGCUCAGAUUUAGCUGCAGAUUCUAAGAACCAAAGAUCCAAACCGGAACCUGAGGAAGGAGCUUCUGCAACAAACCAGAGAAAUUCUGAGUCAGAUCUGAGCGCUGCUGCGGUGCUGGAGAACAUCUCAGAGAACCUAUCUAAAGAUUUUCUGCAGAUGCUGGUGGAGAGCAUUUCUGGACUGGAAGAAAAUGACUUCAGUCUGGAGAUCAUCUGGGAAUCCAACAUGGCUGUGGUGACCUUCAGCAGCCCUGCAGAUGUGGAAAAGUUCGUCUCUGUGAGUCAGACCAACUCAAAGAUGAAGAAACACGGACUGACAGCUCGGCCACUAGGGGCAGCAAAGAGCAUCCGAAUGGAGAGACUUCCUCCAACUGUGGUCAAAGACAUGAUUGAGCUGUGGUUUGAGAAGAACUGGGAGCUGCCAGAGCAUGUCGUCAUGAUCCCAGAGGAGCAGGCCGCCAUCGCCUCCUUCAAGGACCCUAAAGUUGUGGAAAGCAUCUGCAUUAAAGAAGACCAUUUGAUGCGAUCCAUUUCUGUCAAGUUGUAUCCCUACCAUGAGUCAUUGGGAACUGCUCUGUACGGCAAAGAGCGACCUGCAUGGAAGAUGCCCGAGCCUUUCACUGAAAAGGUUAACCACGUGAUCUGGAAAUUCCUCCUACUGAAGAAAAUGCUGAAAAGCAUCAAUGAGCAGAUGCGUCCACACUUCUGCAGUGUAGAUUUGGACAAUCCUGAGGUGAAGCUCAGCCCGCUGCCAGGACUUCUGAGGCAGAAAGGUCUGACUGGUGAGGACAUAGGUAACUGGGCGAGGGCGGCUCAGGUCGCCUUCUGCAAACUCAUGUCCCAGUUCUCGGCCUUUGAAUCCGAUGUGAACGCAGAAGCAUGGAAAUAUGCUGAGAAGGAACUCCGUUUGGUUGUGAAGGAAGAUGCCUUAGUGGCCUUCGAUCCAUCCAGAGGUGUUGUGACCAUUGCUGGCAGAGCUGAUGAUAUAAAGAAAAUCAGAGCUCCUGUGGAAAACAUCAUCCUUAAAUCAAGGAGUCUUAUUGAAAGACAGACCAAAAGUGUAUCUGAGGGAAUGGACAUUUCUCCUGCCUAUUACUACAUCCUGAACGAGGAAGGGCUGCAGAAAGCUGCCUUGGACAUUUCUUCUGAGUCGAAGGUCUUAUACGAUGAAGGCACAGGAAAGUUGACCAUUACAGGACUCCCUGCAGAAGUGUUCAAAACCAAAUCCUGGAUCUUAGAGAGAAAUCUGAAAAUGAAACAAAAGCAGCUAAAUGUCCCUCCAGGUCUUCUGGAAUACCUCCGUUCAGUGGAUCCCAUGGACAUGUCCAAGAGCCUGUUCACCUCACAAGGCAUUAGUGCCGUCUACGGCAUCGACAUCAAAGGGAUUUUCUUACUGGGAAGCUCUGACAGAGCCCUGGCCGAUGCUGAGAGUAAGAUGAAGAAAGAUUUACUGGUGCAGACUUUGGACGUGAAAGAUCAGGAGGUUUUGAACCUUCAGAACUGGAUGGACCUGUGCAGAGACAUCUUAGACACCUACAACUGCUCCAACAAGAAAACUGUGAUCAUAUGGAUCCAUCCUGGGAGAAGAGACAAAGUGACAGUGGUCGGUUUUAGCAAUCCUGUCAAAGAGGUCAGCAUCAGUCUGAAGCAGUUCAUUGAAAACUACUCACAAGUUCGCGAGAUCUUUCGCGUUGAGUCCUGUGCAGUUGUUCAGUUCAUAGAGAAGAAAAAACAUGACACUUGGUCAAGAAUUGCGAAAGACAACAAGGUGUUAGUCAUGUUUGAUCCAGAAAGACCAAAGAUAAUCAUCAGUGGAGCUCGUCUUCAUGCCCAGAAUGCUAAAUCUAAUUUUCAGGAACUUGCCAAAGCUCUCUUUACUGACACCUUAACUGUGGACAAACCUGGAGCCAAGAAGUAUUUCCAGUCCCAAGGUAGCAUGUUUAUGUCUCCGAUAAUGACAGAGUUUAACUGUGUGGUGAUGCUUCAGCCAGAGAUCCAAGAUGAUGAAGAGGAGGAGGAAAGGAACUUUGAAGGAGAGACUGGUGUUUGUUACUGUAAGGUGCAAACAACCAAUGGAGUUCUUGUUUCUGUCAGCAGGGCAGAUAUCUGCUGCUUUCAAGUUGACGUUGUGGUCAAUGCAGCCAAUGAGGAGCUGCAGCACAUCGGCGGCUUGGCUUUGGCGCUGCUAAAAGCUGCUGGACCAAAGCUGCAGAGGAUCAGUGAUGACCAUGUAGCAAAACAUGGGAAGCUACGCCCAGGAGAAGCAAUUGUAACAGAUGCAUGCAGUCUGCCCUGCAAGUACGUCGUACAUGCUGUCGGUCCGCGGUAUUCUGACUCUGACAAGAAGACAUCAAUAUUUCGUCUAAAGUCUGCAGUUAAAGAGAGCCUGAAACAAGCUGAGAUGAUCAACUGCUCCACCAUAGCAAUGCCAGCAAUCAGCUCUGGAGUGUUCGGUUUUCCUGUGGAACUCUGCACCGAGACCAUCGCCCAGGCUGUGCGGGAAUACUGCAACAAUCCUACAGGUCCAGGAUCCUUAACUGAGGUUCACCUGGUGGACAACAAUGACGCUACCGUCAGGGUGAUGGCAGCAGCUGUCAACAAGGAGUUCUUCGAUCUGGGACCCACCAUGACGGUUCCACUGGAGACGGGCGGCAAGUACAGGGGAGCAGCAGGUGGACCUUACAGAGGACGAGGGAGAGGUCCACAGUCUGCUGAAAGAAGAGGAGGAAGAGGAAGUGGAGGAGAAAGAGAUGGAGGAAGAGGGUUUGCAGAUGGAGGUGGAAGAGGAAGAGGAGGAGGUUAUCAGGGAGCUCAUAACUCCAGAGCACCGAACAGACAUGGAGAAGAUGGAGGGUCAGGAAGGUUGGAGCAGAUCACACCUGGUGGCCUAAAGAUUAUUCUCCGCCAAGGAAACAUUCAGAACCAGACUACUGACGUCAUCGUGAACACGGUUGCAGACAACAUGAACCUGAACCAGGGAGCUGUCUCCAAAGCCAUCUCUCAGGCGGCCGGCGAAAACCUGCAGCUGGCGAUCCUCACUGAGGCCGGGGCGUCCACCCUGCAAUUUGGAGACGUGGUCGUCACUGACGGAUACAACCUGCGGUGUCAGAAGGUCUAUCAUGCUGCUUGCCCGAUGUGGGACAACGGAGGCAGCCAGGCGGAGAAGGAGUUAACAGACAUCAUCACUUACUGUCUGGAGACGGCUGAGAAGCAUCAGAUGGCCUCUCUGUCCUUCCCAGCCAUCGGAACCGGAAACCUGGGCUUCCCCAGAGACCUUGUGUCCAAAGUUCUGCUUAAGGAGAUCCAUUUGUUCAGCCGCAGGAGCUCCCCUCGCCAUCUGAAGGAGGUGGUGAUCGUGGUUCACCCCAGUGACAGACAAAGUGUUGAUUGUUUCACCAGAGAGUUCAGAGGUCAGGCGGCGCCGAGGACCGUCCAACAUGACAGGAACAGGUCUGCAGGUCAGCAGCAGCCCGGUCAAUCACAACAGACCUCCGCAUCAUCAUCCUUCAGCACAGUCUUGUCCCCCUCCCUCGGCGUCUACCAGAUGCAGAUGGGUCAGCUCACCCUUGAGGUGUCAUCAGGAGACAUCACCAAGGAGGCCUGUGAUGCUAUCGUCAACUCAUCCAAUCAGAACUUCAGCCUUCAAGCAGGAGUUUCCAAGGCCAUCUUAGACAGCGCUGGACCAACAGUGGUAUUGGAGUGUGCAACGAUUGUGAAUUCUCCGGGCUACGUGCCUCGUGCAAUGAUCAUGACCUCAGGCGGUCUACUUCCGUCCAGAAACAUCAUCCACAUCGUUGGUCAGAAUGAUGCUGAUAAGAUCAAGGAGAUGGUUCAGGCAGUCCUGAAGCUCUGCGAGCAGCAGACGUUCAGCUCAGUUGCCUUCCCAGCUCUGGGAACAGGUCAGGGAGGUGUCAAACCAUCAAUGGUGGCCGAUGCCAUGGUCGGUGCAGUGGUGGACUUUGUGAGGAAGAAGCACCCAAAGUUUGUUUGUAGCGUGAAGAUCCUGAUCUUUCAGACAGCCAUGGUCACUGAAUUCCACAACUGCAUGAAGAAGAGGCAGGGUCAAGAGGUGGAGGAGAAGAGCAUCUUCAACAAGAUCAAAGAUUCAGUAACUUCAUUUCUUGGACUUGGGGCGGAGCAGCAAAGCAGUACCGACUUUGUUCUGGAGCGGCAGGAGUUUGAUCCUGCAGUGUUUCAGCUGUGUGCCGACAACCAAAGGAACUUGAGCAUGGCUAAGAAGAGAAUCAACGAGGUUGUUCUGAUGGAGCAGGCCCAGAGAACCAUCAUUGACCAGUACAUUAACCAGUUCACUCAGGAUAACAUCAAUGAGCUAGAGGCCAUGCAGAGGAAACUGACGGUGAGCAUCCGUCUGGACAGAGGACAGGAAGACCAGGAGCCCAGGAUCCACCUAGAGGGUCUGACCAGAGACGUCUCGACAGCCGAGUCAGACAUCAGGAACAUCAUCCGGAGGGUGGAGAGAAAUGAGAAUUUGAAGAGCAAAGCCGUACUAGUGAGUGGACUGGUGGAAUGGAAGUUCCAGCACCGAAAUGGGUCAGUGGUACCCUUUGACCUCUUCACGAACCUCCAGCUUGAAGAAGCUCUUGAGAGAAAAAUAACUGUGAAGAUCAAGAUCAAUAACGAAGAGUUUUCUGCUGAUCCAGCGCUUAAAAGGGCCAUAUCCACCAACGGAAAGAAGCAGAUGGAGCUGGAGAGAAAAGACUUGAGAGUCCAUGGCGCUCCGCUGCCUCAACACUGGGAUGACAUGCAGGGUAGCAUCGUGAAGCUGGUUCCGCUGACUGCUGGAUCUCAGGAAUACAACGGUGUGUUGGCAGACGUUACAAAGAAUGGGCUUUCUCUGAACAUCAUCCAGAUCGAACGGGUCCAAAAUGAGACGCUCUGGCAGAGCUACCAGCUCCUGAAGAAACAAAUGGAGGUGAAGAACAAACACACCAACAAUGAGCAGCUGCUGUAUCACGGCACCGGGGUCUCAUCCAUCGACCUUAUCAACUCUAAAGGCUUCAACCGGAGCUACGCAGGAGCUCAUGGUGCCAUGUUCGGUAAUGGCUCUUACUUUGCUGUGGACCCUGCAUAUUCAGCCGGGGGCUACGCUAAACCAGACGGUCAGGGUCAGAAACGCAUGUAUCAGGCCCGGGUUCUUGUUGGAGACCACACCCAGGGAAGAUCUGGCAUGAUCGCACCUCCGGCCAAAUCUGGAAGUACUGCAGACCUGUAUGACAGCGUCACUGAUAGAGCGAAUAAUCCAUCCAUGUUUAUUAUUUUCAAUGACAUUCAGGCAUAUCCAGAAUACCUUAUCACAUUCACAUAGUUUCAGCUCUUCUGCAACGAUUCUGAUCAAAUGAACCUGUCUUACUAGAACUCUUCUACUGUAGAUCAAAACCACUGAAAUAUAUUGUUAGAAAUUACUGACAGAAGAGGUGUAAUAUUCUUCCAAUCAAAAUAAAUGGGGUACAUUGUGUA